CUCUCCCCUUCUUCGUCUCUCUCUUCCGCUCUUUGUCCAUUACAUUUUCUUUCAUUAGUAUCUCAUUCUCGGCGCUACAAAACCAGUGGUGGUCGGAUUCAACCAGUGGCAGAGCAAACGGUACUUUCGUUCACCCUACAGUGGAACAGGGGACAUAGCUGAACCGCAGCUAUGAAGUCUUACAUAUGGUUAAAAACUUGUGAUGGUUCAAUCGAGCAAGUAGAAGAAGAGGUUGCUAUGGUUAUCCCAAUGGUUUGCAGAGAAGUGUUCCAAAAUAGCAUGGGAUCAGCAAAGAAGUCUGCUAUUCCACUUCCCGAACGAGUCACUAAUACAGAUAUAUUAAGCUUAGUACUCGAUUAUUGUAGGUUCCACCAAGUACUGGGUCGCUCUGAUAGGGAGCGCAGAUCUUUUGAUGAGAAGUUCAUCAGAAUUGAUCAAGAAAGGUUAUGUGACUUGGCUGCUGCUGCUCACAGUCUAAAACUGAAACCUUUGGUUGAUCUCACCUGCAAAGCACUUGCUCGGAUGAUUGAAGGGAAAACAACUGAGGAAAUUCGCGAGACAUUUCACAUACCUGAUGAUCUCACGGAGGAGGAGAAGUUGGAGCCUAUAAGAAACAUGCCUGAUGAUUCGCGAAUCAGGCUGCUCAAUCGACUUUAUGCCAAGAAGAGGAAAGAAUUGAAGGAGAAAGAGAAGCAGAAGGCUGCUGAGGUUGAAAAAGAGCGGAUGGACGGCCUGAUACUUGAAAUCAGGAGGCGGAAACUCCAUGAGCCUAAAGGCUGAGAAAGUAUUUUAGACAAGAAGAAGGCUGGUAUUAGGCGGAUAUAUGAACCGGUUUCCUAGGCUAGGUGACACGAUAUCUAUAUAUUAAACAUUGCGCCUAGGCAUGCUCUUCUCAAACUUUUGUAUGGAAAGUCAAUGCCUAUGGGCCCAUACAUGUCUGUAUUGUUUUUUUUUUGAUGGGUUGGAAGAGUGGGCCUACUCUACGUCCUUAAAUCGGAGUUAUUUCUAAUAAUAAUGGGAUGCGAACCCCUACCUCUGCGGUGGGAGGGAGCAUGCCAAGCAUCAGACCAUUUAAUGGUUGGCUUACAUACAUGUCUGUAUCAAUAAAUAUAUUUUCUACCUUC